GGCUGGCACACUGCUGUGACACGACACAGGAAGCUGAAAUAGUGAAUAUCCAAUGAUAUACAUAAUUCUGAAUUUCCCGUCCCUCAUUGGCUCUCCGCUGAGAACCAGAACGGGUGGCUCUCCGCAAGCUUGUGGUGCUGAAAUCUUGACUUGCUAUGAUAACGAUGUAAUGGCAAUGAGACAUUUCACUGUGGAACCCAAUAAACACCACCAAAAUGGACGAUGAUUUGUUCCAGUUAAGACAACUCCCCGUGGUCAAGUUCCGUCGCACGGGUGAGAGCACACGCUCUGAGGAUGACUGCUUGGGGAGAGACCAGGAAGUCCAGAUCGAUGGGAGGCAGGCUUACAUGGAGUCUGUGGCACUUCACGAUGGCGCACUAGUACCCCGGGAGUUUGCCAACCCAACUGAUGACACUUUCAUGGUGGAGGAUGCUGUGGAGGCCAUUGGUUUUGGGAAGUUCCAGUGGAAACUCUCCAUCCUCACUGGUCUGUCCUGGAUGGCUGAUGCUAUGGAGAUGAUGAUUCUAAGCAUCCUGGCACCACAGCUUCACUGUGAAUGGAGGCUUCCAAGCCUGUGGGUGGCGCUACUCACCUCGGCGGUGUUCAUUGGAAUGAUGAUCAGCUCUUCCAUUUGGGGGAACAUAUCCGAUAAGUAUGGCAGAAAAACAGGUCUGAAGAUGAGUGUGGCGUGGACCAUGUUCUACGGUGUACUGAGCGCCUUUGCCCCCGUCUAUGGCUGGAUCCUCUUCCUCCGUGCCCUGGUGGGAUUCGGCAUCGGAGGAGCCCCACAGUCGGUGACACUGUAUGCAGAGUUUCUCCCCAUGAGGUCCAGAGCCACCUGCAUCUUGCUAAUCGAGAUAUUCUGGGCGCUGGGCACUGUGUUUGAGGUGCUGCUGGCCAUCCUGGUGAUGCCCACUCUGGGCUGGCGCUGGCUGCUCGGCCUCUCCACCAUUCCGCUCUUCAUCUUCGCUAUCCUCUCUUUUUGGCUGCCAGAGAGUGCACGCUAUGACGUGUUGACAGGGAACCAGGAGAAAGCUCUGACUACCCUGAAGCGCAUCGCCAAGGAGAACGGAGUCCCCAUGCCCCUGGGAAAACUAAUUGCUGCCAGACAGGAGGACCGUGGGAAGUUCCAGGAUCUUUUCUCACCGCAUUUUCGCUGGACCACAAUUCUGCUGUGGUUUAUUUGGUUCUCUAAUGCAUUCGCCUACUAUGGCCUGGUCCUGCUCACAACUGAGCUCUUCCAGGAGGGGGGCGCCUGUGGGGAGUCAAAAGGUAGUAAGAGGGAGCCCAGGUGUAGCCUGGAGUGUAAAUACCUGACCUCAGACGACUAUAAGGAUCUGCUGUGGACCACCCUGUCUGAAUUCCCAGGCUUGCUGGUGACUCUGUGGGCCAUCGAUCGGCUGGGGAGGAGAAAGACCAUGGCACUGUGCUUCUUUGUCUUCUCUCUCUGCCUUGUGCCACUCUACGCUUGUGUAGGGAGGACCUGGCUGACAGUAUUGAUAUUCAUCGCCAGGGCCUUCAUCGCAGGAGGUUUCCAGGCUGCUUAUGUCUACACCCCUGAGGUAUAUCCAACAGCAACCAGAGCAUUAGGUCUGGGCACUAGUAGUGGAAUGGCUAGAGUGGGAGCCCUCAUCACACCCUUCGUUGCACAGGUGAUGUUGGAGUCUUCUGUGUACCUGACUCUGUCAGUGUACAGCAUCUGCUGCCUGCUGGCUGCCAUCGCCUCCUGUGCUCUGCCCAUUGAGACCACAGGCCGGGGCCUCCAGGAGUCCAGCCACCGUGAGUGGGGCCAGGAAAUGAUGGGCCGGGCCCCUGCCAACAGCUCUGGGGGCAUCCCACACUCCGACUCUGGGUCCCAGGAGGACGGAGCACAUGCAAGAGGGUGGUGAAGGAGGGACGCUGGAGUGGAAGAGAGAGGCAAUGAAGGAGAAGGAAGCUAGGCAAGCAGCCCUUGUCCAUUCUCAGCUCAAAUGUGUCAUUACUGGUUUGUAUAUACGCACCACAGUGACUUGAGAGAGAGCCUGCCACCAAAAUGUUAUUCAAAAACAUUUCUCUCUCAUUUUAAUCUUCAACCACUACCACUGUCAUGAUUUUUGCCAAUGUAGGAUAACCACACUCUGAGUGAGACAGAGCUCAAUCGAUUAUCCUGAGUAUACACUGGGUGGUAGCAGGGAGAGAAA